UGGAAUAUUAUAUUUGAUAAAUACAGAGGCACUGUAUGAAAAUUCAGGUCGGAUCUGCAGGUAGAACUUUAAACUUCCUCCCCCUUAUUAGAACCACCAAGACAUCCAAGUUCUGGAACCGUUAUUCAACCUUUGCACCUAGAGUCAAGUCAACAAUGAACGAUCUUCUUGGAAACCAGAAGCCGGCCUCAUGAAUUUCCCAGAAGACCCAGCAUCCAAUCCACUUCCACUAAUGCUGUUAGAGCAGGACCUCACAGAGACCAAAGGGCUGCCAGCUCAAUUUGCUUAAGAUUCUUUCUCCUAUAGGAUCAUGACCUCCCAGAAUCAUACCCAGGCCCCUGGCCUCUCAUCCUGCCCUCCAAAUGUCCCUUCACUGCUCCUGCCAGCUUUUCCUGGGGCUGCUUUACUGGUGACCUCAGCUGACACCCCGGGAAGCAAGCUGAUCAUCAAACUGAAACGUGAAGGACCACUUAUGGGAGGCAGUGAGGAGCUGCCCCGAACUCAGACUUUCUUCCUGACAGGGAUGCCAUUAGGUUGGGCCACCCACUGCCGGGAUGGGCCUGGUGGUCCUGGCAUCCGCACUGUGUUGUUGACGAAAGCCGGUGAGGAGCCAGGUGGUCGGAAAACCAGAGCACCUGAGGCUGUCCCAUCUGCACAAGGGUCACCUUCCAGUGACACCUCUUUUGCUUGUACCUCCAAAGGAGUUUAUGAGAAUUACCGGCGCUGGCAACGCUACAAGGCUUUGGCGAGGCGCCAUUUCCCAGCCACACCUGAUGCAGAAGCUCUUGCUUGUUUUUUCAUCCCCGUCCUCCGUUCACUGGCCCGCCUUCGUCCCAACAUGACCCUAGAGGAUGGGGUCCCUCGUGCUGUGCAGGAGUGGGAGCACAGCAGCAAUUUUGAACGCAUGAUCUUCUAUGAAAUGGCAGAAAAGUUCAUGGAAUUUGAAGCCGAAGAAGAACAGCAGAUCCAAAAGAUCAAACUCUUGGCCACCUGUUCCCAGUUCCAAAACCCAGUCCCCAAACCCACCAAGCCACCAAUGUCCCCCGCCCCUGAGUCUGGACAUCAGCAAGUAUACAUUCCAAAGAAAUCGGCUUCCAAAAGCCGACAGCCUCGACGCCGUCAGAAGCGCCCACCCAGUACUUCCAAUCCAGGAGCACCCAGGGAGAUCCCUGCUGAGGCCGUGCACCAGUAUGCCGAGAUCAUGGAAGGACUAAACACCAGCUGGGAGGAAGAAGAAGCUGAGAAGAAAGAACACGGGAUGUGCCGAGACACCCAGGACCAGGAGGAAGGGGUGUUCCCAGACCCUGGCCUGCUUCAGUAUAUUGAUCAGUUGUGUGAUGAUGAAGAAUUUGUUUGUAAGGUGGAAGCUGUUAUCCACCCACAAUUUAUGGCUGACUUACUAUCUCCAGAGAAAACCCAAGAUCCCUUGGACCUGGUGGAAGAGUUAGCAGAAGAAUUAAACCUGACCCCUAGCCAGUUAACUGAGAAGAGACUUCUCGCACUAUCGGAAGAGGAAAGAGAGCCUUCUGUCUAUCCUACAUCCCAUUCUGAUUCCACUCCAUCACAAUCUGAGGAAGAAGAUGAGGUCAGUGGUAAUGGCAAAGGAGAAGACAUGUUGCGACAGGCUGUAAAAAGGUCUUCCAUCAACAAGGGCGCCAGAGCCAGUCAAUUAGAGUUGACCACCUCCAUCGUCAGUUCUCCACUGGCUUCUAACUCACAACAAAAACUGGGAGACCGAGAGUUUCUCCCAAAGACUGGCAGAGCAAGCUUAUUUCCUCGUGAAUAUUGCAAUCAUGGCUCUCAGGAGGGGAAUUUACUAUCCACCUUGAAGAAUUCAGAGGAAAGAGAGACGCAGAAAUCCCAGGAAAAAGAUCUAAUUAUGAGUAAUGGUAAUGAAACUCCAACUCAGACCCAGUGGACCUUUCCAAGCGUGAAAGGAAACAACACCCUUAGUAGUCAUUUAGCAUCACCAAGGCAUAGUAAAGCAAGGCCAGAAAUUGUAAGACUCGUCUCUUCUGGUAAUGCAAAGCAAGAUAUCAGCCAGGAACAAAAGAAGAAGGAUCAAGAAGAGUCCCCUAAGACUACAGAGAAGGGCAGCCAUGGAAUCAUAGCACCUGUGAAGAAUGGAAGUCAGACAAUUUGGAACAAUGUAAAAUCAACCCAGGAUGGUAACCAACAAGGAGAAAUGAAAACAAUAUGGGCAGCACAAGUGUCUUCUUCAAAACAAGUUGAGCAUAAUAAACAAGACAAUAUGUUGCUAGUAGGGAACUGCAAGGGAGAAAAGCAUCUAAAAUUGAGUUUCAGUGGACAUAGAGAAUUGAUUGAACAGGUCAUAAAUCAACCUCAGAGUCAAGAAGAUGGGGGAUUUGAAAGUCCUGUAAGUAAAGCAGAGCUAGACUACCAGGAAAGAAAAACGAGAUCUCAUCCGGACACUCAAAGCAAAGUCAGCGGUCAGGAAGUCUUUCAGUUUGAACGUGGUAAACAAGAGAGUUGCCAGGGAGUAGUAGGCAAAGAUCAAUACCAGAUCCAGGGACUUCAGAAAUCUAUUGUUACUGCAGUUCAGUUUGAAAAUGUAAAUCCUUGUGGUCGAAGUAUAGCAAGUCAAGACAGACUAAUACCAGCUCUUUCAGGAACUGGUCACAAACCUGUUGGCCAAGGAGCUAAGACCAUAUCUCAGCGAAAGGCCUACACUAAUGUAAAGCAAAUGAAGACCAUGCCUAUAAAAAGCAAAAGCCAAGUGAGAAGCAUAAGGUUUCCUGUUGAUAACUUAGCACUGUACAAACAGUUGAGUUGUGUUACACAAGAUGGCCAACAAUCAACUGAACUAGCUGGGUUGGAAACUCAUCAAGAAACUAAUUUAAAACCAAGUGUUGAGUUGGGCAGAAAAAAUAUGCAGCCAUUGUGUUUAGGGGGUUCGAGUGAGGGAGGUAAGGUGGAAGACCAGUUACAAGGUGGAGAUUCUGAGCACCCGCCGUAUUUCAUUUUUUCUGAGCAUUUGCCACCAUCUUUGAUUGUCCAGAGUGGCCUUGAGAAACUCCGGGAGUCUCAGGGACCAUUCUCAGAUCAGGAUAAGGUCACUCCACAGAUGGAAAAGCUUCCAAAUGACCAAUGCCUAAAACCCACUUUAAAUCCUUCCAGCUAUAUCUCUAGGAGCGAGGCUGAUGGAGAGAACAGUGGUCCCCAAGAAGUUCAUACCUCUGUACCCACUAGUGCGUUUCCAUCACCCCUUAGCCUCCAAGGCAAUAGCAGUCAUGGAAACCUUGAUUUCAACCCUACAACUCUGAGAAGUGAAUCCAAAGUCUACUGGGAGCCAGUAACUCCAGAGAAGGAAACGAGUAACUGGAAUCAGCUAGGAGGUGAUCUGGUCAAGGCAGUCACUGUGAUGAACGUUGUACUUCCAGACCUCCCUGGAGGAACCAUGGAAGGCGUACCCAAAGAAGACGAGGAUGAAGAAGAGGAUGAAGAGCUGUCCAGUUUCUCGUCAUUACUUGCCUCCAAGCUCAAUUUCUCUCCUCACAGUGACCACUUGCUUCUCACCACGGAACAAGGGGACACACUGACUUUUUCGCCCAUGGAUCUGGCAAAGCCAGUUAAGCCAAGGCAUUGCUCCAGGGGUCAGUUAUCCCAGAAUGCCAGCCCUCUCGCCAACAAAAAUUUGGACGUUAACUCAUCUGUCCAUCGUUAUCACAAGAGAAAAAGCAACACCACUGGGACUCGGAGGAGCAAGCGUCUUCGCAACCAGUAAAUGGUCCCCUUUUCCUAAGUGGGUUGUCAUAAACAAGCCCAGAAAUGUCCUUUUUGAACCCUACGCUGAUAAGUGUCACCUUCAUUCACCUGAAUCCCAUCAUUGUUCAAAAUAAG